UUAUGCAAAUUAAGUUACUCGCCGGCGACACACAGACAAAAAUGGCGAAGACGUACGACUUUCUCUUCAAGUUGCUUUUGAUAGGAGAUUCCGGCGUAGGCAAGACAUGUGUCCUCUUUAGAUUCUCAGAAGAUGCCUUCAAUUCCACAUUUAUCUCUACAAUUGGUAUCGACUUCAAGAUUAGAACUAUAGACCUAGACGGGAAGAAGAUCAAGCUACAAAUAUGGGACACCGCCGGCCAGGAGAGGUUCCGCACCAUCACCACAGCUUACUACAGGGGAGCCAUGGGAAUCAUGCUUGUGUACGACAUCACCAACGAGAAGUCUUUCGAGAACAUCAAGAACUGGAUCCGCAAUAUCGAGGAGCAUGCAUCAGCUGACGUGGAGAAGAUGAUCCUGGGGAACAAGUGUGACAUGGAAGACAGACGGCAGGUGUCCCGCGACAGAGGCGAGAAGCUCGCCAUUGAGUAUGGUGUGAAGUUCAUGGAGACCAGUGCAAAGAGCAGCAUCAAUGUAGAAGAGGCCUUCUUCACCCUGGGGAGAGAUAUCAAGGCAAAGAUGGACAAGAAACUGGACUUGAACAGUCCCCAGAAGGGCGGGAAUGUGCAGGUGACAGCAGCAAAGCCACAGAAGUCAAGUCCCUUCUCCGGCUGGAAGUGUCAGCUCUUGUGAUUGGCCAGCAGUAGACAAACAAGCCACCCCGAUUGGUCACUUUGAAUCACAAGUGCUGUUGUGUUGGACUGCUUUGCUACAAACAGUAGGGAUAAAUCAGUUAAUGUUAGGAUGGGAAAAAGGGUGCAGAAACAUUUUACAAAGUAGGAUAGUUUUGAAAUAUUCAGAGACCAAGUCUGGGUGUUUUUACAAGAAAAUGAUUGCUAUUUUGACAGAGGUUUACUGGCAGAGUCAUAAUUAACAGUUUGUUUACCAUAAUUUCAAUUCAAAAUUACUUACAUAACCUUUAGGAGUAAUACAAUUUGUUGGGAAAUUCCAGAGACUUUUAAAGGUGUGAAAUUGAUUGGACAAUUUGUAUAAGGGCGACUUGGUAGAAAUUGGGGUACGAAUGUAAAUUAGACAUUUUCAUUCAGGAGAAACAUUUGCAUACAGUUAUGUAAAUUUUCCAGGAUUUUAGGGUUGUACCAUCAAAUUUUAGGGAGUGACUGCCUCUAUAUUUUGGAACCUAACUUGCAUUUUUUAUACUGCAAACUUCAUUCACACCAGUUUAGACAGGCAACAUUUACCCAUUUACCCAUCCUGGAUAGCCCAUAAGCUGUAUGGAAUAGCCUUUUUAAGUCCACUGCUGUUUAUAAAUGCCUGCCAUUUUUUGUCAAAUGAAAUGUUGGUAAUAGUAGGGGCAAAAGGUAGAAACCAACAUACCUAGAUAUGUCAAAGAGACGAUUUCAAAAGACCCUCUCUCUCUUUCUCUUUCAAAGGAUGCUUUCUCUUUUAAAUCACCAUAAAAACAUGAUGACAAAUAUUUCACAAUUAUAUAUAUACAGCAUUAGACAAUUUGCUUUUCAAUCUAAUUUUGGGGACAUACUUGUCAGUUUAUGAGUGUCAUUAAAGUGUGGAAGAAGCGUUUACAAACUUUGUUUAUUGCCUAAUGUUAGAAUAGAAGGUCCAGUUGAACUCUGCUGUGCUUAAUGAUACUUUAAGGUACCAUAUCAUCACUAUGGACAUAAUAAUUGCACAUGCACACUUGUAAAUAGAUGACUGACUAAUGUUUGGUAGUUCUCCUUUUCUUCAGAAAUACAACAUGAUUGCUCCAGUAACUGUCGUAGUAUUGAAGACUCAACUUCCGCCUCCAUUAAUCUGUUCAUUGUUCCAACUGUGCAUAUGCAGUGAGAUGUAUUGUGGGUAAUAUGUCAAAGUUGAAAUCCCCUCUCGUUAACUCUUGUGUAGACCAUGCCUGAUACAUGAUGUGAUUUGUUAAUGUCUCAGGGGCCUUCACCUUUGGCAUAUUACCUGCUGCAUCUUGAGUGCAUGCACGGUUAGAACCAUGCACAAGCUUAUAGACUGACAAGGCCCUAUGUCAGAUGACAAUACUGUAUCGGUACAUAUAUAUGUAGGCCCUCAAAACAUUUAACUUGACACAUGUGCAUCCUUCCUUUUCCCGUGUAGAAACCAGUUUGUAAUUUGGCAUGUGUUUCAACAUUGUGCAUCAAAGAAUGGCAUUUGUUUUUAAGUAGUAUUAUGUAGGCAUUGUACAUCAUUGCACACAUCAAUUCAUAACUUAGAUUAGGUGGGGGUGAGGGGUGGUCUAAAAGAACAACACCCCUAGGCCCAAUGAUAGACAGCUAUCAUUUUAUAGAGGGGGCACUGUUUAAAAAAAUUCCAUGUGGCAUGUGAAAGCUUGUAAAGAGUAUCAUCCAAUCUUCUCCAAGGGGUGGAUAUUGGCUGGUGCAUAAAUUUGAUCUGAACCCACCUAGAUUAUAUGUUGCCUCAGGAAAAGAAUAAAAGGUUUUGUUUGCUCAAAACAGCAAACAUAUCGAAUUAUAUCAGUUUGCUAUGAAAGUGGUGUCAGACGUAGAAAGCUGUUUUUUGAGAAGUUUGAACAAAAAAUUGGAAAACAUUGUAAUUUUUUGUGUAAUGGAAAUGCAUAGUGUCAAUACUGAAAAUGAUUCCAAAUGGUACACAUAUAUACUAAAUGAAACCUAGAUGCCACAGUCACAAAAUAUAACAGUGUGUUAUGUGUAUUUGUUAUUAAGAUUCUGGUGAGAGGGAUAUUGAGACUGAUACAUGAACAGACAAAAUGUACAAUAUUUGUGUAAUAUUUUGAGUAGUCCCUAAACUUUUUCAGUGUAAUUUUCAAACAUGUUCCAAGCACAUUCAUGUUUAUAAAAGUUCAAGUCCAGAUAUGCCCUCGUAAAAUGCCUUAGACUGUGUCUAUAGCCUAAACUGCCUUGCACAGAAAUUGUAGGGCUAAAUAUGCAGGUAUGAAUGUUGUCACUUGAAGGCAUGCCAAAGAUUUUCUUGUAUCUUUGCUUAAGGGAAAACCAUACCCCUUUUUUUCGUUACUGAAUAUUUACUAGUAGGUUAUUACAGGGGUUUGUUCAAUGAAAUUAUAACCUUUCCCACUUAACCACCCCUUUGACAGACCAACAUGGUACAACCCUAUGGAUUAAACCAGCCACAGGGAUAUACAAACUUGAAUGUAAUGGGUGUUUUCUGUACUAACUGUAAAAGUUAUCUUAGGAAAAUUAUGAUGAGUUUGUUGUUACCAAUGUGAAGGGGAGAGCAUUCUAAUAGACUUAUGAUGAAAAGCGAACAACUUAAACAUAUAGAUGACUGAUUUUGUUAAAAUUUGUAACAUUUGUAGGUGUUAGUCUUCAUAUGCCUAAGUUGAUGUUACGUGUACAGGCAUACAUAAGUCACAUGGCAUGCACAGACACAGUGAAACAUUGUAUUAAUGUUAUGGACACAAGUAUUGGCUACACACUGAUUGUUUUUCUAAAGGUUAAGAUAAAUAUUCGCUACAUUUGCAACAAAAAGUUAGUUGUGGUGCAACCAGGAUUUUACCCUCUAUUCAGUCUGAUUGCUACAUCUUGUUGCUUCUGACAGACAAAAAUGAUGGUCAUUCUAUUAGUUUGACAGGCAAAGCUGGCUUGUCUACUAAAAAUUAAAAUUACUAAAUCUUAACAUAUUUGCAGUGAUUUUUAUUUCACAUGACUGAAACUUGUACUAAUAUCGUACUACAGAAUUGUUAAAACCACAAUCGUCAAGCACCACUAAAACAUACUUGUCACUAUUCCACUAUGCAAUACAACUGCUGCAAAAGUUCAGGCAUUUAUAGUAGGUCGUUUUACUCCAUGAGCGAGCAUGGGUUUGAGAUGACUGAAAAAAAAAUUGUAGGGCUUGGGGAAACCUUGGUUACAACCUAACUUCCUCUUUGUUAUAGCCUCAUUUGCAGACUUCUAGGAGCUUCUUUUGAGGAGAGUUGAUUCACGAUUUUCAAAAUGGACCAGGUUGUCUAAUGCUGUGGAGAUUGUAGGCACAUGACCCAGGUAUUCCCCUGCCUGGGCAUACCUGCCCCAUGUUGAAUCACCAGUCAGUGCUCCCCAAAAUAAAUGGCAGCAUUCCUAGAAGUCUGCAAUUGGGGCUACUCUAUAUCAGAACAGCUAGAAGUGUUGGUGUAAAGACAGUUGAUAUAAUUGAUGCUGCUUAUGGCAGGUGCCAAUGACUUUUUAACCCUCUUCCUGCUACAGUAGCCCAUUGCCAUAACCUGUUUCUUAAAGUCAUAAUGUUAGAAUGCAGAUAGAGGGUUAAAAAUAGAGGUGUAUAUCUCUGUUUAUCUGCUGUGACUCUUCAGGCUCUGAUUGAAUGAAUCCUAGCCAAGUUGCUUGUAAAAUUGUGAGGACAAGGCUACAAUACUAGUUCCCACAUUCUCAGUAAUCUUCAAGCAGAUGUAUUAUCUAGCUCAGCUAAGUUUUUUGCGGCCUUUUGUCCAUUUUUUUUUGGUAGUGUACUGUUUUUGGCUAUUUGCCGUCUACUAGAAGAGAGAACCUAAAAAAAAAUACUCACAGACAUUGAUACUACCUACAUCUGCUUGAAGGUUCAUCAUUCUAAUAAAGACAUGAGGAGGCAUUGAUGUAGGCACUUCAAAUUCACAGACAAUGGUGAGUUUGAAAAUAGCUUUUUUUUCUGUAUCUAAAUCAGAAGAAUGGAUAUCAUGGGUUUAAUGAUGGAAUUUAUGUAAUUGUAUAAAGUUUUUAACCAACCAUUCCUAACUUAACACCCAUCCUCACCAAACCCCCUCCCUCAUAGAGUUUACCCUGACAGGUGCACCUUUCUGUUGGUGGACAUUUGUAGCUCCAACUGGUUUUUGGCAACACCUCUGAGGCAGAGCCCUUCUUUUAAGAAUUGCAUCCUUAAAAUUUGCCAAGGAAACUGUGCCGCUGCCUUACUGCAUGUAGUUAUGUAAGAAGUCGUGUAAACAUUGUACAUGUAUUCACUGUGAUUUGGUAAAGCUGUUUUUAUGGGGAAAUCCUUGUAAAUGUUGCCAAGAAAGGGAUAUGACACUUGUACGAGAUGUAAUUCGAGAUGCUUGAAGUGUAACUUGAGAUAUAGAAUGACUGGCAUACUUAAUCUAGGGGACUGUUGUAAAGACCUUUAUGAUUGGCAUAUUCUUACCAGUAAGUUGUUUUUGAUUGGUUUAGUUCUGUUUACAUUGAAGUCCAUAUCUGAUUAAGAAGUUCAAUUUCUCUUUAUUGACUCUUCUCUUUUAAUAGACCUUUAAAUUGCGGAAUAUUGAUACGUUUUUUUAAAUGCUGAUACUCUAAAAUGAGAAAAUUAAUUGCAAAGAGAGUACAGAAGCCAUGUUACAACUUUCAGUGGAAAUAAGUACUUGCAAUUGCCAGUUAAGAUAUUAUGUAAAGUAGCAUUCAUAUUGAAACAUUUUUGUGGAUUAACUGUAAAUUUUGUCCUUUAAUUUUGUCCUUUACAAAAUAUGACAUAGCGGUUAUAACUCUUCAAGAGAUUUGGUGAAUUGCAAUAAUUUAAACUAAUUUUUUUGUGAAAGAAAAGGUUGAAUGGUAGUGAAUAAGAGGAAGUUAGGAAGGAUUCUGAUGGCUUUGCUCAAAAUCACACAGCACACUGCUCAGUGGUUUUUACUCACCCAUGCUGCUUGGAAAACAAUAAAGGCAUUUAUCAACA